AUGACCAACGUCUCUGCCAUCAAAGACUCGAUGAUUCCCCGGGAUCUGCGCGAGAAGCUGUGCGCCAUUCAGCCGUCCGCGGCGGCAAAGGAUGCAAAGGAUGCGAAGGAUGCAAAGGAGUUUGCGGCAAUGGCGGCGGCGGCCGCCGCCUCUGUCUCGGCUGCUUCCUCCGGUGCUGCUGGAAAUGGAAAUGGUGGGAAUGGAAAUAAUGGAAAUAAUGGCGGUGGUAGUGGUAAUGGUAAUUCAGCCGGUGGUGGUGGUGGAAAUAAUGGUAAUAACGGAAAAGGAAAUCAAGAUGGAGGAGGAAAUGGUGGUGGAGGUGGUGCCACGGUUGCCAGUGUCACCACACCUCAUCCCCAACACAUGGCCGGUAACAGCAACACACAAACUGCGUCCAAAGACAGUCCUGGUGGUGGUGGCAGUGGCAGUAAAGGACAUGGUGGACAUCAAACUAGCAGAAAGAAGCAACAGCAGCAGCAGCACCAUCAUAAUAAUAAUCAUAACCAUUCGAAUCGAAAAUCCUCAACGAGUACCACCACCUCUUCACGCACUCGACCAUCAUCAUCUUCAACGACGACCACCACCACCACCAACAGUCGCGGCAGGAACACCAACACGACGCCCACUAGUCGAACGAGGCAGCAACCGAGCAGCAGCACUAGCAGUACCAGUUCUGGAGCUGUUUCUGGUGCCAACAGUGCUGCUGGAGGUGCAGCUGGAGCAGCGAAUAGCUCCACUGGCAAUAACAACUCCAACUCCGGUCAGCUGGGCACGACCACCGCCUCGACCACCGACGGCGACUCCAUCCAGGAUGACAUCAACAGCUACGGGGUGAUGAGCAAACACAAGACGGGCAAUGAAACGGUGCUCAGUAAUGGAACAGCAGUAGAGACUUCAAACAGCGGCAACCGAACUGAAAGUGAUCUAAACGCCAUCAACAACUCUACAGAGACAACCAUGAGUUCUACAACGCCAACUCCAACAACAAGUACUACAAGUACAGCUACGACGACUUCAACAACUUCCACAACGACGACAACAUCGACGACUUCUACCACUACCACCACCACGACGACGACCCUUUCCCCGACAACGGCAAUGGCCGACAUACCGAAUGACAUCUCGAUGCCCAUUCCGGAAAGUAGCACCAAUGCUAACAAGCGAGAAAAGCGAAAGGCAACCACCAAGGCGGGCAAUGUCGCCGAUCUGCUGCUGGCCAAGCUGAACAACCUCACCUCCAGUUUCGCCACUGCCACCGGGCAAAACCCCAAUCAGGGUCAGCCAUCAUCAGAGAUGCAAUCAUCAUCAUCGUCAUCAACUAACAGCACAAAUAGUAACAGUCAGAAUGUCAACAACAACAACAGCAUUUCAAACAGUCCAAACAACAGUCCACCUCAACAGCAACAACAACAACCUCAGCCAAACAAGCAGCCGUCUGCUUCAGGCAAAGGAUCAUCGUCGGCGACCGGUAGUGACGGCCAGUCAUCGACGCCCAUUGUGCCGGAAAACGACAUCGAGCUGACUGAGCGCGAGGAGAAGGAGCUCCAGGAGAACCUGACCAACUGGCUGGCUGUCAUCUACAACUCCAAUGAGAAGAUCGCCCAGGAGCUCGGUCACCAGUUUGAGGACUUCAUCCUCCGCUGCACCAUUCGCUCCACCAACUGCACCAGCGAGGAGUCUUUCGAGUCCUUCUUCACGCCCACCGAGGGCAACUGCUUCACCUUCAAGGGGCAGAAGCUACGGAAGAACUACCUGGACCGCAUCAAGGACGAGACCUCCAUUGCAGGGGUCAACUACGGGCUAGAGUUUGUGCUCAACCUGGAGAUCAGCGAGUACUUGACGGGGACGACGCAGAUUGGCGCCAUCAUCAUGAUACAGCACCCCGAUGAGAUUG